UCCUCGCGUCGCACUCUGCUGUAGUCACUCGUGGUGGAGCCGCGUGCCACCACAAGGCUUGUGGGCUCGCUUCACAGCACUGUCCCCCCUCAUGGCCGCCCCCCGGUCAGACUCACGCGCCACGCCUGGAGCAUCCCCACCCGCGGCCCCGCACCUGCUCCUGCUCCUGCUCCUGCUCCUUCUGCCCCCCGCCCCGGCUGCAGCCAUGGCCCACAGACGCCCCCGGAGCCAGGGCGGCGCCUGGAGCCCCGACGUGGCCUGUGGCCAUCGUUACAUACAGGGGAAGAUUUUGGGGGGCACGGAUGCCCUGGAGCGGAGGUGGCCAUGGCAGGUCAGUGUGCACUACAGAGGCUUCCACGUCUGCGGAGGGUCCAUCAUUGAUGAGUACUGGGUCCUCUCAGCUGCCCACUGCUUCAACAGGGACAAGAACAUGGAGGCGUUUGACAUAUACGUGGGGCUGGUGGACCUCAGGCUUGCGGGCAAUCACACCCAGUGGUUUGAGGUCAACAAGGUGAUCGUGCACCCCACCUAUGAAGUGUACCACCCUGUGGGAGGCGACGUGGCCCUGGUGCAGUUGAAGUCCCGCAUCGUGUUUUCUGACUCUGUGCUCCCAGUGUGCAUCGCAUCCCCAGAUGUGAACCUUCACAAUGCCACUUGCUGGUCUACAGGGUGGGGACUCGUCUCCCCACAAGGCUAUGUCCCCAACAAGCUGCAGGAGGUACAGAUACCUCUGAUCCCAUUGCCCCUGUGCCGGCUGCUCUACGGACACCUGUCGUACAUCAUGCUGGACAUGCUGUGUGCCGGGGACAUCAGGGACAUGAGGACCGUGUGCGAGGGUGACUCUGGGGGUCCACUCGUCUGUGAAUUCAACCACACCUGGUUGCAGGUUGGCAUAGUGAGCUGGGGCCGUGGGUGCAUGUACCCUAUGUAUCCUGCAGUCUACGCCCGCGUCUCCUACUUCUCCAAAUGGAUCCAUUACCACAUGGAGCACACACCCCCACCUUCUCAGCCACUCCCCGCCCUUGCCCGCAUGCUGGGGGUCUCUGUCAGCAUCCUUGUGGCCCUGCUGGCUGUCCUGCCCAUGUUGUGA